CAAACAUCGACCGAUCUAGAAAGAUGGAGAGGGACAGGGUGAUUGAAGGGUGGGAGUCCAUCGUGAACGCAACGGCAGAGAGAGUAGUGGGAAGGAAGGUGGUACGAUGUGGGGUAUCGGUUAAGUGGUGGGAUGACGAGCUGAAAGAAGAAAUAGGGGAACGUAGAGAAGUCUUCAAGCAGUACCUGAGUGAGGCGUCUGAGGAGAGUUGGGAAAAGUACAGGGCCAAGAGAAAACAGGUGAAGGGACUAGUGAAAAAGAAGAAAAAGUGUAUUUGGGACGAAGUAGUGCAGAAGGCCAACGGAGGCCUGGAGGGGAACGUCAAGCAGAUGUGGGAAGGGAUUAGUGGAAUGGUAAAAAAGACCGCGCAAGGGGGGGAUACAGGGGUCGCAACUUUGCGAGACGUUGGGAACGUAGAACUAGAAAAGGAGUUCACUGAGGACGAGGUUGAGGCGUGUGUGAACAAGCUGAAGUGCCACAAAGCAGCAGGAGCGGAUGGGAUAGUCAACGAGUUCAUGAAGUUUGGGGGGAAGGGGAUGAUCCAGCUGAUGGUACUGCUGUACAAUUGGGUGUGGAAAAACGAGUAUACGCCAAGUAGAUGGAGGGAAGGAGUGGUUGUGAACUUGUUCAAGAAAGGAGACAAGACUGACCCAGGAAACUACAGGGGGAUCACACUGUUGAACACAGUAGGAAAAGUGUUCUGUAAGCUGCUGAACGAUAGGAUAGUGGGAGUAUUGGAGAAGGAACAUAGCAUUAGUGAGGGCCAGGCAGGUUUCCGCAAGAAGAGGGGGUGCGUAGACCACGUGUUCACGGUAGGGAGAAUCAUCCAAGGUAGAAAGAGGGCGGGAAAGCCGACGUACUGCUUCUUCCUGGACGUGAAAAAGGCAUACGACACCGUAUGGAGAAAUGGGUUGUGGAAACAACUGUCCAAAUACGGGAUCAAGGGGAAAAUGUGGAGAGUGCUGAAGAAGAUGACAGAGUGUACGAAAAGCGCGGUCAUGCUAGACGGAGAACUGUCAAAAUUCUUCGACAUUGAGCAGGGGGUCCCACAAGGUUGCACGCUGUCCCCAACAUUGUUCCAGGUGUUCAUCAACAUCUGUUGGAAGUCGUAGAGGCAGUCCGGGAGGGAGAA